AUAACAUACUAUAACAUAACUAAUAUGCAAAACUUGGUUUGAUAGCUUCCCUCAUUCACAUUCACGUAAUUCACAGCUUAACAUCGUAUACAAACACACAAAAAGCCUCACAAAUACUGCUUUUGUUGACGAAUAUAAACACACGACUCUCCAAGGCACCUGUCUUACUGUACUCUUUUUUAUCCUGCUACCUACCAAAUCUUGGCUGUUCGCGGGCAUUUCAUUACUGCGGCGCCAGGUCACUCAAAGCUCAGCCGCUCAGCCACGACGGCAGAUGGAGCAAUCCUCGUCAUCGCCCCUCGGCAGCCAUUAAAGACCUCAUAUCUUGCAUUAUUCCCACCACUUGGGCCAUUUCAAUCGUUGCGCUUCAUACUGCACAACGAUUUUGCUGUAUUGUACAUACAAAGCACUAAUAUCUGCCCCUGUGGCAGACAUCAUCCGACGACAUGAGUUUCAAGGGCUUCCAGAAGAGCGUCAUUAGGGCGCCGCAGGUGUUUAAGCAGAGAUUUAAUCUUGGGGAGCAAACCAAGGACCCGAUAUUCAUAGACGCAGAACGCCGUUUUCAGGAGCUCGAGGAGCAGACCAAGAGGCUCCAUGAGGAGUCCCGCAAGUACACGAACGCCGUCAAUGGCAUGCUCACCCACCAGAUCAAUUUCUCGCAGGCCAUAGCAGAAAUCUACAAACCUAUAUCCGGUCGAGUAUCGGAUCCGGACUCGAUCAUCUCGGAGGGCAACCCGGAAGGUAUUCAAGCGUGCGAAGAAUAUGAAGCUAUCGUCAAGGAGCUCCAGGUCACCUUGGAACCGGAGUUGCAGAUGAUUGAAACCCGUAUUGUCCACCCCGCCGAAGAGCUCUUGAUUGUAGUCAAGCAGAUCCGCAAGGGCGUUCUCAAGCGUGAGCACAAGCAGCUCGACUUCGACCGCCACCGCGCCACACUCAAGAAGCUCCAGGACAAAAAGGACAAGUCCAUGAAGGACGAGAAGGCUAUGUACAAGGCAGAGAACGAGGUCGAACAGGCGACGCAAGAGUUCAACUACUUCAACGACCUCCUGAAGGAGGAGCUCCCCAAACUCUUCCGCCUCGAGCGAGAGUUCAUCAUCCCUCUAUUCCAAUCCUUCUACUACAUGCAGCUCAACGUCUUCUACACCCUUCACGAGCGCAUGCAGGGCUGUGAUAUUGGCUACUUCAACCUCACCCUCGGCAUCGAAGAGGCCUUCGAGGCCAAGCGCGGCGAGAUCCAGCAAGCAGCAGAAGCACUUGCCAUCACAAAAUUCCGCACCCGGGGCGCAAAGCGACCCCCAAAGUACGGCCCAGGCGCCGCCGCCGGCCGUCUCGGCAUCGAGAGCGGCACCAGCCAGCUCGCCAUCGAAGACAAGCCCGGCAGCUCAUCCGCCUCGCCGUAUCAGGCGCCUACCUCGCCGGGACCGACACGCACGUCCUUCUCCGAUAUCCCCCCACCAGCAUACAACACAGUCGGGCCCUCGUCAUCACUCGCCCCGCACGGCGACACUAAGAGCGGCGUCGGCCGCGCCAACUCGACAGGUGGGAACUGGGGCGCCGCAGCAAAGGCAAAGGGUGCCGCGCCGCCGCCACCAAAACCGAAACCAAGUCGCUUCAGCGGAGUGCCUGUCGCAGAGACGGUGACGGCGCUGUAUGACUACGAGGCGCAGGCGGAGGGGGAUCUGAGUUUUGCCACGGGCGAUGUGAUCGAGAUUAUUCACAGGACGCAAAAUGACAAUGAAUGGUGGACGGGGAGAGUUGGUUCGAAAGAGGGGCAGUUUCCUGGUAACUACGUGCAGCUAAAUAAGUAAUAACGGGGCGUCGCUCACACACCCCUCUCAAACAAGGCUGUGCAACCCCACAGGGUAGCAGCGGCACCCCACGACGAGAGAUACCGAGGAUCCGCGCCCAGCCUUACGUAGGCCGGUGCCGCGCGCACCUGGUCCGAGGAAGAAGGUGGGGGAGGAGAAGGGGAAAAUAUACAUUACAUACAUAACGGUGUAACACGGGGCUGCGCCGUCGAUCCCGCGGGCUUGGCAGGUCAGGACAUGGGAGGGGGG